UUGUUAAGUUUACCAGGCAGUGCUGUUAUCUUCUGUUUGUCCAAGGGAAAGGCUGACAGUAAAUCCAUUUGCCUUCCAGGCUGUAGCAAACUGAACUGGACUGUGACUGUAUAUUCCCUGCAGUGUUUUACAGUCAUGACUCUAGCAUCUAUAUCAUUCUUUUUGUGCCUGUUGAGAAUUUUCCUCAUCUGUGCUAUCUUAGGCUUUCUAAAUUUGCAUUGCUCCAGUGGAGAAAAGGAAAUUUCCUUUCACCUAAAUGAAAUUGAUGGCAAUGCGACCAGAAGCAGAUGGCAUCGAUCUCCAAACAACAUGCCACAGCCGAUUGAUUGUAUCAUUUCUAGCUGGUCCUCAUGGAGCAUGUGUGACCCUUGCCAGAAAAAAAGGUAUAGAUUCGCCUAUGUGGAACAGCCUUCUCAGUUUGGCGGUGACUCAUGUGAUUACUCAGACAAAGAAACCGAAGACUGUGUUCCAGACAGCCCUUGCAGAAAUACCAUUAGAUGUGAAGGCUUUCUAUGUGGUACAGGAAGAUGCAUCGAUCCGAUACUGCGUUGCGAUGGAGAAGAUGGCUGUGGAGAUUACUCAGAUGAAAUAAAUUGUAAGAAAGCAUAUAAUAGGUGCAACCGAGAGGCAGAACAAUACUGGGGCAUCCAAAUGCUAGCCAAUGGAUUAAAUAUCUUCACAAAUAAUCUGGAAGGAUUGGUUUUGGAUAAUAGUUAUUAUGGACCAUCAUGCGUUAUACAGUAUAUUGCGAACAUCAGAUUUAGAAAACCCUACAAUGUAGAAAGCUAUUCAGCAGAGACCAAAGGAACAUUUCGUUUUAAAUUUGCUGAGCAUGAAUCUUAUUCAAGUUUUGAAGAACAUGUAUCUGAAAGAAAAGCAAUGCAAGAAAGCUCCAGCUGUGACUUGUUACAACCAUCUGAUUUGGAAGUUAGUUACAGUCAAGAUGAUUACAGGUACAAAAAGUUCAUUCAGCUGAUGAAAAGGUUUUCUUCAAAGUCUAGCAAAUUUAUCCAUGCACAUUCAGAGCUGGAAGUUGCCAAGUAUAGAGUAAAGAAGAUUCAGUACUUGAUGCUUCACUAUGAGUUCUUCCAGAGACUUCUUCGCUUGCCUUUGGAGUAUAGUUAUGGGGAAUAUCGAGAACUCUACAGAGACUAUGGAACACAUUAUAUCACUGAAGCAACCCUUGGUGGCACUUAUGAUUAUACUUUGAUCAUGAAUGGUGAAGAGCUUCAGAAGGCAGGUUACGCUUUAAGUGAUGUUAAGUUCUGCACACAUAAUGGAAUUAAAGUUGGACGAAGUUUUCCAAGUAUUUCUUUAACCGGAGACUUAUCAUUUAAAAUCUGUGAUGCCAUUUUUAAAGAAAUUGGAGAUAGCAAGGCUAAAAGGAAAUUUGUAGAGGACUUUGUAGCCCUUGUUCGCGGAGGUGCAAGUGAAUAUGUUACAGCCCUUGCUUCCAAAGACCUGCCAACAUCAAGAGUGAUGAGAGAAUGGGGAGAAGCUGUUGAGUACAACCCUGAAAUACUCCGGAUGAAGGUAGAGCCACUUUCUGAAUUAGUGACUGCAACCAGCUUUGUAAAUGCAACUACUUUGAAAGAGAAUAUGAGGAGAGCCCUAGAGGAGUUCCAACAGGAAACCAGUAGCUGUCGUUGUUCUCCAUGCCAGGGUAAUGGGACCCCCAUAUUGAAAGGGACUUGCUGUGAAUGUCUGUGUCCCUUGGGACAUCAAGGUGUUGCCUGUGAGAUCACACAAAGGACAGAUGUUGCUGUAGAUGGGAGAUGGAGUUGUUGGUCCAGCUGGUCAGCAUGCUCUGGAGGAGAGCGGAGACGUAGUCGGGAAUGUAACAAUCCUAGUGCACAAAAUGGUGGCAAGCCCUGCUCAGGUCCAAAUACUGAAACUGUUAAUUGUUAAUGGGCAAAACACUUCUUAGGAAAAGAAACAAAUGGAUGCUUACUAUGUCCUAAUAAUGUAAUUGAAUAAUAUUAUACAGGCAAUGGAUUUUUAUACAAUCAUCACAUUGUAAUAAAUGAGGAAGCCCAUAUGCAUCAGAGCUCUGUGUUUCUAUGUGAGCUAACAUGAGCCUCUGGUUAAGGUGUGGAUCUAAUGGCAGCUAUAAUCAGUCUAUAUGAAUUCAGAAAAUCCGCCAAAUGUCUUCCACUGAUAGCAUUUUGCAUUCUAUCCUCUAAUUAAAGAUGAUAAUGUGCAGUUCUAGCAAUAGAAAAUAUACUCCUUUCCAUAUGGUUAAUUUAAAAAAAAAAGUCUAGUAUAUAAUUUGGCUGUUGUAUGACUUAGUAAAUUGUAUGUAAUGCCUAAAAUAAACAUUUUUAAUAGUUA